UUCAACAGAGGAAAACAAGUGAUACAAAUACAGGCAAACCAAGAGUUAACAAUAGCGACAGCUCUUGGCAAGUAAAGGAAUGAAGUUUAAUGCUGAACGCUCAAUGCUUCUUCUUGACAGCACUCACCAAAAUGCCCAGCAAGAGGAAGAAGAACAAGCGUCGCAUGAGAAGGGUGCAAGCCCAGAGGAGAGCCCUUGAAGAGCAGCAUGCGGCCAACCCGCCGGUCAAAGCAAGCCCUGGGAUUGCAGUAAGUGCGCCCCCUGCAGCAAGCCCAAAGAAAGCGGCUAAAACUCCAGCACCAGCUCCCAAAAAGAUCCCAGAGCCCGUUCCCAUUGCUGUUCCGAUUGUGGAGACCCCCAAAGUAGAGCCAAAACCAGUCGUGAAAGAACCUGUUGCAGAGCCCGUCCCAGUCAAAACAGAGGCACCGGAGCCUGUGGCUGUGGUGUUGGAACAGACUCCAGCAGAAGUUGAGGUUGAAGUCCCAGCACUGGUCACUGAAGAAGCACCAGUUGUCGAGACGCCACCAGUGGGGCCCUCUAUAGUUGAAGCUGCUGUAGUACAAGAGGCUGAACCUAUCAUUCCUAAAACAGAGCUAGUAACUGAGGUCACACCCCCAGCUGAGGCUUCAGUGGCAGCUCCUGCUGAAACUGAGGUUCAGUCAGCUGACACAGCAGUCAUAACCACAGAAACUGAGCAGACGCAUGAUGUCUGCGAGCCAGAGACUGAAGUGGAGGCUGAGGCCUUUGCAAAGGAAGACACAGUCGCAGAGGUGGACGUUGAAGUGGCAGUCACAGAGGAAAUCUCCACACCAGAGGCUGUAACUGAAGCCAAUGAAGAGCCGGUGGUAGAAGCACAAACUAGUGACCAAGUUUCUGUUGAAGCAGAACCUGCAGCUGCAGCUGAGGUGGUUACCGAGACAGUCGUGGAAUCAGCAGAGGAGGAAAUCACAGAGGUACCUGAGCCUGAGCAGGUGACUGAAACAGUUGUGGAAUCAGUGGAUGAGGAAGUCACAGAGGUACCUGAGCCUGAACCGGUGACCGAAACAGUCGUGGAAUCAGUGGAGAAGGAAAUCACAGAGGUACCCGAGCCUGAACAGGUGACUGAAGCAGUCGUGGAAUCAGUGGAGAAGGAAAUCACAGAGGUACCCGAGCCUGAACAGGUGACUGAAGCAGUUGUGAGUCCUGCAGCUCCAGCUGAGGAGGAAGAGGAUGAAGCUGAAGUAGAAGUGUUGGCUGAAGAAAGUGCACCUGAAGUCCCUGCUGAGCCUGUUACAAUCGCAGAGGUCACUCCUGCCCAAUCUGUGGAAAUCCCAGUGGUGCCAGACACCGUCCCUGAGCCUCCGGUAGAAGAGGCUGUAACUCCUGUAACUGAGGUCAAAGAGGCUCCUGCCACCCAGGACAUUGCUGACACACUGGUUGAUGACUUUGUUGUCACAGAAUCUGUCUCAGCAGUGGCAGAGGCAGUUGCUGAGUCUGUUGCUAUCCAGCAGGAAAUUAUGGCCACAACUGACAUCCUCAGUGCCAAACAGAAUCUGUGCCUGCCGCUGCCCCUGCAAUGGAAAAGGUCAUUGACACUACUGCUGAGCAGACAUGUCUGGAUGUGCUGUCAGAAGAGCCUAAGUCAGAAAUCUGCGACAUGCCUUGUCAGAUGCAGCUCAAUGUGGAGUCUGUGCAGCUCAACUCAAUGGAGAUAUCAGCAGAGACAGUGUUGAAUGGGCAUGUUGUUCCAGAGGUCUCCAUUGAGGGUUAGAUCCACACCACACAGCUCGGAGGACCUUUUUUUUGUCUUUAUUCCCCUUUGGUCAUUUGGAGGACUCAAAGCUUUAAAGGGAGUUAACCAGCUGACCUUUUUUUUAUUUUUAGGGCUUAACAACAGAACCAACAGGAAAUUGAAGGAACAUCCACACUUUGAAGUGCCUUUCCUGUCUUGGUUCCUGUUGAAAAACCAAACCAGAUGUCAACACGCCAAAACCAUUGCAUUCAAGGCAGCAGAACAGACUGUUGUCACAAGUUUGCAGUAAUAGAGACAAACAUAUUGUGGCUCCUUUUAAUUUGUUUUUUCCCCAGAGGCAUGUACAGUGAAUUUGCAUUUGCAGUGGAGGCAGAGGUUGUUAAGAGAUGGAGACUCAUAACAUAAGAUAAACGGCAGUGCCUGUUAUUUCUAACACAUUCCCAUCUCUCCAGAACAUCUGCCUCCACAUUGCAUACACUCAAUGCAUGUGAAUACUGUAGCAUUGAUGCAGUUUGUACUCGGGCCUAUGUUCAUACAUAUGGGUGGGAGGGCAAAGUUUUUUUUGUUGUUUUUCUGCAUCACAUCUCAAAGUCAUAUUUUGCUCGACAGUCUCUCUUUACGUAGUCAACUUCACCCUCGCCUCUGUUGCUGCCCCCUUCUCUGUCCUCCAUUUCUCCUCUCUGCCUCCACUAAGUGCCAAUGCUUACAUUAGUCUGAUGCUAAAGCACAUCCCAGAACUAGAGUUUUAGGUUUUAUGGCUUCAGUGGCCUCUGGAGAAUGGCGGAUAUGAAGGGGACGAGCGCAGAGGCAAUUUUUUUUUCAGUUUUUCAGUUUUUUUUUCUUCUCACUUUCUCCUUUUUUUAAUUCAUUUUUUAUAGACCAUAUGAUGUGAUACAGUUUUGUGUUCAAAGUCUGUGCUCUGGAGGAGAGAUGUUAUGUAAUAUGAUCUGGUGGCUCAUCACUGGGCUGUCAUGGUCUGACUUCAUCCAACUUUGAAAUAAAGCUGUAACUCAUCGUGA